AUGCUGGGCUUCAAAUUCCGCAAAUUGGUCCUUUUCCUAAAAGGCGAAAAGCAAAAAAGAACGAAAACGAUCACGACAAAAGAGAAAAGAAAUCGCUCAUCGAGUGGGAAAGAAGUCGAAUUGCCUGAUAGUGUUUGGCAAAAGAUCUUCGAUCACUCUUCGCCGUACGAUGUGGCUCAAUGGAGGGGUGUAUCAAAGAAUCUCGACACGAUCAUCAAGAAACGAUACGAGACAAUCCUUUACCUCGACGUGUGGCGAAUGAAUCUAAACGAGCUGCUCCCGGCACCCUAUGAUAAUGAUGGCGACUUUUUCCGUCACCCAAGCGCCAAUCUUCUCAUGCACGUCGAGGCGCACAGCGCGAUCAUCGUCAUUCACCACGAAUGGUCGCUGAAAGACGUGGUGAAACUCUGGCAAGGGUUGCAGGCAUUUCGCUCGACUGCACAAACGAUCAUGUUAGACGCCUCAGUGUUUGAGCUCACAAUGGCUGGCCUUGCGCUCAGAGACAUUUCGCGUUGGUUCAACUUCAUGUGCUCGUUGACCCGUUCGAAAGAAGAGGACCGAAUCGUGCUCAAAACGAAACCCGGCCGUUUCGCUGAUGAGCCUUUCUUCCCGAAAGUGAAAGAGCUAACAAUUCGCACCACCUAUCCCGAGUUGAAACAAUUGCGAAGAGUGCCCGAGUACGGUGUGCCGACCAAUCACCUCUUCAACGAGGGAACCAUUCAAUUGUUGAGAUUGAACAUCGCCAACGGAAAACACACGACCACCCCGUCGCACACUCGUUACACUCCAUUCUUGAUACGCUUCAAGCGAUGGCUGAACACGUCAUCGAUGGGCGAGAAAUAUUGUCAACAAUAUAGU